AAAAAAUUCGCGUACUGCAAGAAAAGGCGGCAGAGUGAUGCGCCACACGAGUAUCACAUUUUUGCGAUUUGCAACAACACGUGAAUAAGGGCAUAUGCCAUUUUUAAGAAUAUACAUUUUUUUCCGGUGAGAACAUUUUGAGGGGAGCGUCCACCCAGAGGAGCGCAUCCCCCACGAGCAUGGCAGGUACAAGUACAUGUACAAGUACACGUUUAUGCAAACGUACUCCUUCACGCUUGGGCGGAGGCCACCUGUCUCGAGGGCGACUCUAAUAUUUUUUAUUUCCUCCAACCAGUGAGGAAGCUCCAUUUGGAAGGCACCCACACCCCUCACACGCUCGCCCUUUCCCCGUUCAUCCGUACCGUUAAAAGAAGCAAAAAAAGGAGCAAAAAAAUGACAUACAUGUUACAGUGUCUAUGCACACAUCUGCAGCUGUGAUGGAAUGCCGCUGGGCAAAUGCCAACGGAUUAGCGUCAUCACAGCCUGAGGUGCGCAUGUCCCAUUAGCGCAGUUAACAACAGGGAGGAACAAACGGAGAAGCAGCAAAGAACCGAAGGGCCGCGCAAAAAUGGGCAUAUUCGAUAAAAUACGGAGCGUCGAAAAAUUGAACGAAGCGGAGCUGAAGAACAUUGGAAGCGAGCAAACCUCAUGGCACGACCAGUAUAAGGACUCCAGUUACAUCUACAUAGGCAACCUGGACAGCAGACUAACCGAAGGAGACAUCGUUAUCGUAUUUUCGCAGUUUGGCGAACCGAUAGACGUUAACCUGGUGCGCGACAAGGAGACAGGAAAAUCCAAGGGGUACUGCUUCCUAUCCUACGAGGACCAGCGCAGCACAGUGCUAGCGGUGGACAACUUUAACGGAUACAAGCUGCUGGACCGGCCCCUAGUGGUUGACCACAUUUUAAAUUACAGGCUCCCCCAGAAAUACGCCAACGACGAUGGACAAAACGAAUACAAACCCACCGGCGCUGAGGGACAAGGAAUCGGCGUGUACAACGUCAUAGAGAGCGAAAUAAAUUUAACCAAAACGUUCGAUAAAAUACGGAAUAAACAGAAUGAGGAAAAACGGAAGAAACUGAUGGAUGAAGACGAAUUGUGGGCCCUCAACUUUGAAAAAUCGUUAAACAAAAGGGAUGGCAAGGGAGAAAAGGAGAAUGAAGAUCGGCGGUCCACUUCGUCCCACAACGUUGCAGAAAAAAGGAAGAGACGCCAUGGAGAGAGAUCCACGUCGCCAAAAAGGCACAAACGGAGGGAUAGAAAACAUGACGAUGAUAUGACCCACGUACGUGACAAGCAUAAGUCUCACCGCAGCAAAGGGGGAGAAUCUCGCAAGCGUGAGCGGCGCACACAUAACAGCGGCAGCAGGGGGCGAAGCAACGGGCACAGCAGCAGGCAUAGCAGUAGACGUAGCAGCAGGCGUAGCAGCGGACGCGGUGAUAGGAGAAAGGGAAAAAGGCGACAUUAA